AUGUCUUUCUUCAAGAAACUCAAGAGCGAGUUCGAGGAAAUGUUUGGCGAUGAUGACAAGAAAAAGGAAACCGCUCCUACCCAGCCUGCGCAGGAUAGCAAGCCUACGGAGAGCAAGCCCGACCAGACGCGCGAUGUCAGCCAGCCUCAGUACUCCGCGCCCGCUCCUGCCGACUCUUACGUCCAGGGACACCAGCAACAGUCGUAUCCUCUCCAACCUCAACACCAACAGUCCUAUGGACAGCCCAGCCCUGCUUCUUAUGGCCAACCUAGCCCUGCUUCUUAUGGCCAACCUAGCCCUAGUCCUUACGGCCAAGCUCCUCCUCCUCCUCCCGGCCCUCCUCCUCCCCAGGCCGGCGGCCAACUUCCUCCUGGCUGGGUCCAGCAGUUUGACCAGCAGAGCCAGCGCUUCUUCUACGUGAACCAGGCUACCGGUCAGACUCAGUGGGACAUGCCUCAACACCAAGCUCCCCAGAACCAGUACUCAUCGCCUCCUCCUCCCACUGGUGGAGCUUAUGGUGGUUAUCAAACUCCUCCUGUCGGUCGGGGCCAGUACGGUCAGCCUGGCUCUUUCCCUCAAGGACAGGCUCCUCCACCCGCCGAUCAAUAUGGCGCAGCACCUCCUCAGGGUGAUCAGUCCCGUGGACAGGCAAACUCUUUCUACGACAGCUAUGGUGGCGCCAUGCCAUCUGUUCCUCCUCAGGGUCAGCAUGAUCAACAGCACGACACCCGUGCCAACCAGUACUACGGUGAUGUCGAGAACAAGGAUAAGGGCGAGAAGAAGGACAAGGACAAGAAGAAGGAGAAGAGUUCCGGAUAUGGCGGUGCCAUGGCUGGAGCUGCAGGUGGUCUAGCUGUAGGCGCUAUUGGCGGUGCUUUGAUCGCCAAUGCUAUGGUGCUUGCAGAUGACUCGGAUGACGAGAAGAAGUAUGCUGCCGCCCCCGCCGCUGCUGCACCCAGCUACGCACCUGCCCCUACCAAUUAUGCUCCCGCACCCGACCCAUCAUACGGAGGUUACGGCGCUCCUGCUCAAGAUCCUUACGGCUACAGCGCUCCUGCUCCGGUCGCACAGCCUUCAGGUUACGGCGGAUCUGCCUACGAGCCAGGUCUGUACGAUGAUGCGCCUCUGCCUGACGAGACGCGCUCCGGUUCAUCGGUAUCCAGCAGCGACCGCGAGAGUCUCGAGGAGAAGCGCGAGGAGUUGCGCGAGGCCCAGGAAGAGUACGAGGAAGAAUACGCCGAGACCUACGAUGAUUAG